AUGAUGGGCGUGAUAUCGACUGGAGCGGUAGUUACAGCAGCAGAGCGUCGAGGACGGCCAAAGACAGUGCAGCAGGGCAAUCGGGAGUGGGUUACAGCUAUUCAGGGCAUCAACGCGAUGGGGUGGGCGAUUCUACCCUUUAUUAUCUUUGCCAGCAAGCACUACCUCUCCGCCUGGUACAAGGAAGAGGACCUGCUCUAG